AUGUCCCUCUUCGCCACCGCGUGGAUUUGGGUCUCCACCACACGGAGAUCGUGGUGGGCCUUCUUCGGUCGCUCUUGCCUCAGGCUCUGCGCGCCGGGCGACAGGAGCUGGUCAUGGUGGAGGUGGGGACAGGCAAAGCCGCCUGCACGGUUCAUGUCCUCAAGACUGUGA